AUGGACUUCAUCAUGCGGAUUGUUGGCGGGACUGAUUCUGAUGUUGGAGGCCAACCAUGGACGGUGUCCCUGCAGUUGGGUGGUAAACAUAUCUGUGGAGGCAGCAUUAUACAAAGGAAGAUGGUGGUGACAGCUGCUCAUUGCGUCUAUCCGGCAGAUAAGGCCAGACUGAAUCGCAUGACGGUGGUUGUUGGGGAUUAUAAUCAAGAAGUCAUUGAUCCUGAAGAACAAUCCGUUUCAGUGUCCGAGGUAGUGAUGCACCCAAAGUAUAAACACGAUGAGAGUAUGAGCUACGAUAUCGCUCUGCUUUACCUUUCUGAGAAGAUAAACUAUGGUUCGCAGGUACAGCCGGUCUGCCUUCCUCAGGAGGGAGAGCAAGUGGAGCCUGGAACGCUGUGCAUCUCGAGUGGAUGGGGGAGGCUGAUUGAGGGUGGGGAUAUGUCAAACAUCUUGCAGGAGGUGAAGCUUCCAAUCAUUGACAACAUAACCUGCAGCUCUAUUCUGGCUUCAGAGGGGCUUCCGACUCUCCAUGAGACCAUGCUGUGUGCUGGGUUCCCGGAUGGUGGGAAAGACGCAUGUCAGGGUGAUUCGGGGGGUCCCUUGGUUUGCCGACGGCGCACCGGGAGCUGGUUUUUGGCCGGAUGCGCGUCUUGGGGACUCGGCUGCGGCAGAGCAUGGGGUCGAUCAAAUUUAAACGAGCAUGAAAGGGGUUCCCCGGCCAUCUUCUCCAAGGUUUCCACUCUCUUGGGCUUCCUAAGAAGGAAAAUUUCCCCUACACAAGGUUGUUCUUCCGAAGGUCUAGACGUUGGCGGUCAAACUGGAACAAUAAGAUACCCGCUUGGAACCAGGACCAACUAUUCCGACAACAGUCUUUGCCGUUGGAAGCUCCAAGUGAAAGAAAACAUGAUGAUCCGGAUCGACAUAGUGCAAAUGGACAUUGAGUACCACCCUACGUGUAUUUACGACUACCUGUCUUUCUCUGUGACUGAAAAAAUGAUCAGCAAAGUGUGUGGAUCUGUGACGCCAUCUCCUUUGUUGAUUCCGUCCAGUUGGGUGACCAUCACUUUCUUCUCUGAUGACCUUGUUAAUGGACUUGGGUUUGAGCUCCAUUAUUCUGCAGUUCCAGACAUAACCGCAGCAGGGUCUGGCUGCGGGAGUUUUGCGGUUCUGACGGAUGAAGGAAAGAUCUACAGUGCGAAUUACCCCAACCUCUACCCCAGUAUGACCGCCUGUCACUGGAUCGUCGAAGCACCAAAGGGCAAGAUAAUUAAACUCACGUUUGAAGACUUUGCAUUGGAGUUCCAUAAGGAUUGCGUUUAUGACCAUGUGUCUAUUUAUGAAGACCCGGAGGAAACUCAAUUACUCGCCAAGCUUUGUGGAUUUACGCUACCUGACCCCGUCUUCAGCCCGAGCAACACGAUGCUCAUCCACUUCAACAGCGAUCAGGAGAACAAUUACCCCGGUUUCAAAGCCAGUUUUGUCUUUUUACCGUCGAAUAGAGGCGGCAAUUCUCCUGUUGCUGAAACUACAUCAAAAGCGGUUCCUCUAGACGUCUGCGGGGUUGCGCCAUUAUCUGCUCAGUGGGUAUUGCCUCGUAUUGUUGGGGGUGAGGAGGCUUGCCCGAACUGCUGGCCGUGGCAGGUGGAGAUUGUCUUUUUGGGGGUGCACCAAUGUGGAGGCGUAAUCAUUUCAUCCCAGGUGGUCCUGACGGCAGCUCAUUGUAUAGAAUCUCUUGAUCCGGUUCACUGGAUGGUAGUUGCUGGAAAACAUGACCGGCUCCUGACGGAACCCACAGAGCAGAAGGUUGCGGUUGGAAUGAUUGUCCUCCACGAGGAGUUCGAGCUUCUCCGAUACGAUUAUGAUAUCGCUCUGCUACGGCUGAAGGAGCCGCUAGAACUUAAUGACUUUGUGCGUCCGGUCUGUCUGCCCAGUGCUGCUGAUACUCUUGCCCCAUCUUCCGUUUGUGUGGUCACUGGUUGGGGGAACACACAAGAAGGUGGACAGCUGGCCGCCCGUCUGCAGCAACUACAAGUUCCAAUUCUGGACAACGCGGUCUGUAACAAAACCUACUACCACGGGAGGAUCACGGAUCGCAUGUUUUGCGCAGGAUUCCCUUCUGUUAAUGGAAAAGACUCUUGUCAGGGCGAUUCGGGUGGACCGUUGGUAUGUUCUGGCCGGAAUAAAUCCUUUGUCCUGUAUGGGAUCAACAGUUGGGGAUUAGGCUGUGCGAGGGCUCAGAACCCUGGCGUUUACUCCAAGGUCAAUCAGUUCUUGGGUUGGAUAGAAGCCGCAAAGCGAGGACAGGGCAGCCCACAGCAUCCCGAGCAGAAGAAGAACUUGUCGUUGCCCUUUUACCUUGAAGAGAAGACCGUCCAUCAUGCAUGCCGGCCCGAGUUGGUCUUGAAGGGGUCGGUUGGCUCCAUCGCGUCUCCAGACUUUCCGUAUGGAUAUUCCAGAGGCCUAAACUGCUCGUGGGUGAUUAACAUUUCCUCUUCCGGCGUCAUUAAACUGCGUCUGGAGCAGCUGUCCAUUGAGGAAUCUCCAAAUUGCACCACAGACUCGCUGUCUCUAUACCAGGAGAACAAUAACGAGCGUAAGCUCUUGGUGAAAACAUGUGGGUUCUCGUCGUCUCCGGAGAUUUACACGAGUAACUGGCCCGUUAUCAGGGUGACUUUUCACACCGGCGCUGACGGCUCUGACAGCCAACGUGGCUUUCUAAUAUUCUACAAAAUAUACGGCGGACAAGUUUCAAAGCCUUCCGCCAGAAGUCUAGAUGCCGCCAUAAACAAGUCCCAGAAGGCUUGUAAUGAUGUGAUUCUAACCUCGGACAGUGGGGUUAUUUCAUCUCCUGGGUACCCUCUGGGCUACCCCAAUGACCUCAGUUGCCAGUGGCGGAUCAUCGCUCCUCUUGAACAUUUAAUUGAACUGGAGUUGCUGGAUUUGAAGACUGAAAAAGAAGGGUCGAGCUGCCAGGACCCGCUUCGGAUAUACGAAGGAACCGGGAGGAACAAACUUUUAUUGGGUUCUUUCUGCGGAGAGUUACAAAGUUACUCGCUGAAGUCGGAUGGACCAGAGGUGACUAUAAUCUUCACCACCAACUCCAACGUGACCAUGAGUGGAUUUACCCUGAGAUACAACUUCUGGCAGACUCAACAGCCAGGUUCCACGUAUACAUUAGGAAAAGUUGCAGCUACAGCUUGCCCCGUAUUGGACCUUCUGCCAGCUGGGUCAGGAGAGAUAAGGUCCCCUUUCUAUCCAAAAAGCUACCCAAAUGGAAUGGAUUGCCGGUGGAUCGUCUACUCCAUCUCAGGGAAAAGGCUGAAGCUUCAGAUCCAUGAAUUUGCCUUAGAAGACUCCAAAAACUGUACCUGGGACUUCCUGGAGAUCCUUGAUGGCCCCAACAAUGUUUCUAAAAUAUUAGUUACCCUUUGCGGUCACAAGCCGGCUCUCACCCUACAGUCCGGCGGCAGCUUCGUGACUUUGCAUUUCCAUACCGAUAAGUCGAUCGUGAAUAGAGGGUUCCGGAUUCAUUAUGAAGAAGUCACAGAAGCUUCUGGUCAGUCAAGGAGGAGCAUGGGAGGCGUCAACGAUGGAGGGGCGUGUGGGGUAACCUCGGUAGACCCCAUUGCCUUUGGAAGGUCCAGCGGAGAAGCCACGGUUAUCAGGAAUGAAAAGGGGCUAUUUCGUGUAGUGGGGGGACACCCUGCCGCUUCGAAGUCAUGGCCUUGGAUCGUUAGCCUCCAGACCAAAGACCAGCGCCACUACUGCGGGGGAACGAUCAUUGACAAGAAGUGGAUUCUCACCGCGGCUCACUGCGAAUUCAGCGUUGGCUCAGACAAGGUAUUCGUGGGUCAAACGGACUUGUCGCUGGGGAAAAGAACCGAAGUUUUGGUGAAAAAAUCCUACGUCCAUGAAAAAUAUGAUCCCGACUUAUUCCCUCCCAAGUAUGACAUCCUUCUUCUGGAACUGGAGACCCCGCUGGUCCUUGACAGCUCCGUUGCAGUUAUUUGCUUGUCUGAGAAAACAGACGUCGCGUAUACCGACUGCAUAACCGCGGGCUGGGGAAGCACCAGUACUACCAGUUUACAAAUCCCAGAUGUGCUUCAGCAGGCCCGCGUGCCAAUGGUGUCGAUGGCCACCUGCAAGAGCUAUUGGGGCACGGACAUAACCGAUACCAACAUAUGCGCCGGAGCAGCAGGAGCCUCGUCUUGCAUGGGGGAUUCCGGGGGGCCGCUGAUCUGUAAGGUUAGGAACCGUUAUACGCUGGUCGGCGUGGUGAGCUGGGGCAGCGAUAAGUGUGAACAGAAGACGCCGGCCGUAUACACCAUGAUCACCGCCUACAGGGGAUGGAUGUUUCAAUACACCGGUUUUUAA